AUGUCCAAUCGCGACUCCUUUCAUCAACUCUCCUCGCUCUACUUUUGCGAAGAGUGCGACUCGAUCCGAUGUUCGCUGUGCGUCACUGUAGAGCCGUCUUCAUACUUUUGCCCCAACUGCCUCUUCGACACUCCUCUGCCUUCGGUCAAAGAGUCAAGGGGCAGAUGCGAUAGAAGCUGCUUCGAGUGUCCAAUCUGUCAAACCGCAUUGAAUUUGGUCGGGUCGGACAAUGAGAAGGGGAUCGAUCCGCUGCACGCCAACGCUAGCGUCGGUGUGCCCCCUUACUAUCUGCUUUGCAACGUUUGCAAGUGGGACAGCAAAGAGAGCAGCAUUACGUUCGAGAAACCCACAGGUCUGGCUUGUAAGUGCAUCUGCUGCGCUCUUUUGACAACGCACAGCGUAACAUCAUGUGUCUCUGGGCAAAACAUCGAGGCUGAUGCUCCUUCGCGCGCGCAGUACAAAUGAAGCGUGCAGAGGUGGUGCCACCAGAUUUUGCCGAAUUUGACGGGCUCAAAACACACUUCAAAGAUUACAUGGAACAUCAGCUGGCUUUGCUCGAAGACGAAAGCAGCUCAAAUGCUAUACCUGCAUCCAGCAAGUCAAGCGCCGCGAUGGCAGCAGCAUCAGCAGCACUAAGCCAGUCGCGUCUGUUGAAAGACGUGCCGAGUCUUGCUCGAGAUCAGCGAUUUCUAAAAGGUUUGCAGGGCCCUUCGACAAAGGAGAAAGACGCUGCCCAGUACCACAAGGAGCGGAAUAAGACUUACAAGACCAACAAUGGAUACGUGGCAGGUGUGACGGGAGUUGCUGGCAAGAGGGACGAGCGCAGGAUUAGGUUGAGCGAGAGGUUGAGCGAUGGGUCGGCUUUUACGACCUUUGAUCAGAGGUGGCAAAAUCUCUGGGACCAGAACGUCAGAGUUGUGUGAGCGCGCCUACGAGCACCACCAGGCACCAGCAAAACCUCUUCGAUCUCUGUAUAACUCCGACUGACACACCACCGCAUGUCCCGCUUUGCAGCGAGCUGAAGCCCACACCAGUGCGUUUGCAGGCUAAGCAGACCAAACGCUGUCCAUCAUGCAGACACAUCAUCAUCAAGCCGGACAUCAAGGCGCCCGUCAAAAGGUUCAAGAUACGAUUGAUGGCGAUGAACUACCUGCCGGACAUCUUUAUCCUUGGACCCGUAUCGGUCGCGCCUCUCUUGGGUGGCAAUGUCGGCCUGUCAGUUGAGGAAAUCCGAGCUGCGAAGAGAGCGAGUCUUCUAGGCGGUGCUGGAUCAGUCGCCGGUAGGUCUUCGGAGUCAGGCACGGGCAGCUCGCUGAGGCGGCGACCACAGAGCGUAAUGGUAGGCGCAGGUGGUGCGGGGCUUGGAGGCAGUGCGUUCCUAAGUGGGAGCGCCGGCACCUCCAUGGACGAAGAACAUUUGACACCUGGACGGAUCUACACCUUCGAAGUCACUUUUACGAACCCACUCGACGAUGCCAUGCAAGUCAACUUGGGCAUCAUCUUGCCUAGCAGUGCAACGGCUCCCGUCGAGCGCGCAGCGCCGGAGUCUCCUCCGCUUCGAUCAGCCCAGGGAUCCACUUCUCCCCCUAUGCCUUCCUCACCCCCAGGAACGCAAAGCUCUCCCCGAAAAUCGGCACCAGCUGGUUCUAAUCAAGAUCCCACGUCUCCCAAUCGAGCAAUGCCUCACAAUAAGCAAAUUUGGUCCGUCACGCCCAGCACGACUUUUUUCCCCAUCAACGCCUUCAACGAGGUGUGGGAGCUGGACGAGGAAGACGCAGACCUACUCAAAGAACCCAGACCUUCGCUCUUGGGAGACGAUGUGGAGGAUGAUCCAGGUAGAGAUGACUUUCUGGACGAGGACGGCAUCAGACAAAAAGGCGCUGGUAGAAAGACGAGGAAGAGCGAUGGCAUUUUGAAAAGAAAGGGCAACGCAACGACCAUCGGUCUUGACCUCUCGCUCGGCAAGGAAGCUGCGGGUGACAUCGAGGUGAGUCCAACACUAGUUGCAUUGCUUGCAGGUUUCAUCAUAUCAUCACCCCGUGGCCAACGACUGAUCUUUUGUGCUCGUCGACGGUAUCUCACAUAGUUCCUGCUCUACGUAGCAUACACCUAUCGGCCUGACGAAGUAUUGGAGGAAGAGGGCGAGAAAAGACACAAGGGCUAUGCGAGCAAAGCCGAGCAUGCUGACCCUUCGCACUCUGCAGCCAAAACCUUUUCCUUCUGGUGUCGGGUGCGUCUGGGUCACUGCGAUGGUGCAAGCACUACAACGGGCACAGGCUUGCCUUCAACUAGUGCGGCUGGUGCUAGUCGCGCUGCAGCACUGGACAGGAGAAGGAGCGUGCUUUCGUUGGGUCCCACAACUUUAAACGUUGGCUCAAGAAACGUGUCCGGCCCUGGUAGCAAAGCUGAGGGCAAAGACGCACCCUCGGUGACUUCUAGCAGUCUCACAUCACCUCCGAUACUGGGAAGAAAUGCUUCCGCCCUGGAAACGCCCAAGGAAGACGCUGCAGAGGACGCAUGA